UUUUAAUUAAUAAAUUAUUUUUAGUUAAUCUAACAACAAAAAGUUCUACAAAUUAAUUAAUUAGUAAAUUAAAAGUUUUGUUGUAAAACAAUUUAGCAAUAAUAUUUGAAUAUGGAUGAAAAUUCUCAAUAGCUUCCUAAAAAAUAGCUUGUGUUUUUUAAACCAAAAAGUGUUAAUUAAAAAUACAAUAAAGUGAUAAAUAACUUUCUCAUUAAAAGUAAAAAUUUUGAUUAUUUAGAAUCCUGUUAUAAACACAAGGGUGUGCAGCCAUUUGAUAAAUCAUAGUUAGAAAAAUAAAACAACUUUUUCAAAUUUACUCAACCAAAAAUACAAUAAGAUGAUAAAAAGCUGCGAAAUUAAAAUAAAAUUUAAAAUGAAAACUAGCAGGGUAAAAUUUAAUAAAGUUAUGAAGUUGAAUCUACAGAAGUAAAGAGUUAAAAACCAUUAGAUUUAAAUAGUGAUUUUAACUUUUAAAGAAACAUUAAGCUUGGGUUUCCUAAAUCUAAAUCUUUAUAUGCAUCACCCCUUAUGAUACCUGCAAGUAAUUUAGACUCACUAAAUGAAAAAUUUUUUUUAUAAAAUGAUGAUACUACCUAAGGGACAUUUUAAAUUAGGUCAAACUCAGUUAGCUAAAAUACUACUUUGUACUCCAAUAGGUAAUUUAGUAUUUUUGAUAAUUCUAUUAGAAGAAAAUCUAGUGUUUGUUAGUAAAACUUAGACUAAGAUGAAAUUUUAUCAUAGGAAAUAAAUUAAUAAACAAACGAAAAUCUUCCCCUAAAAAUUAAUCUUCUAUAACAAAAAGAAAAGUUAAAAGAUUCAUUACAAAGUUAUCAAAAUUAUGAAGCUCAUUCCUACAAUUUAAAAACGUAGGAUUAGUAAAAUACUUAGGCUAAUUAAAAAUGUGAGUUAAGUUAAAGCUAGUAAUAAUUUAUAAAGUCUAAAUUAAUUCAUAAGUAAAAUGAUUAAAGUUCUGAUAUAAUUAAAAUAUGUGAUUAGUAGUAAAAUAUGCCUUCUUUAAAUAACUUAAUGAGCUAAAGUAACAAAUCUAAGAAUUCUCCACUAUAAGAUAUGAAUAAUUUUAGUUAAAGUAAAAAUAAUAGAAAUGAAAUAACUUUAAGCAAAAAUAUUCCUAAAUAGAAAUCACACUCAAUGCAUGAAGAUAAUAAGAAUAAAACAUAGAAUCACCUUGAUUAAAAAUAUAUUUUAUCAAGUAAGCUUUUUCUUGAAAUGCAUGACUAAAAUAAAUUUAGUUCUCAUUUAAAUAACUUAAAAUAAAAUAAUAAUUAGACAAAACUACUUGAGGACGAGUUAGAUUAAUACCUUCCUAAAAUAACUAUGGAUUCCCAAACUUAAAUUAAAAUUAAAAACAAUUAAAUAUAAAGUUAAUAUUAAAAUUAUUACAAUCAAGUUUGCUAAUAUUUAAAUGAAUUUUAGAAUUCACUCCAAGAAAAGAACCAUAUCUAUGACUUUAAGAGUUAUUAUAACUAAUAGCAAGAAUCUAUGAGAUAGGAAAAGAAGAUAUCAUAGAUAUAAUAAAUGUAUAAUUUGCAUGCUCAUACAUAAGAAGAAUCAUCACCUAUAAGCAAAUCUGAUAUCAACUUUUACAAAAAUCUUGACUAAGCCUAACAAUUUAAAGUUUAAUAAAUUUACUCUCUUCUAUUGAAUUUAAAUUAAAAUUUUUCUCAUCUUGUUUUAAUGAAAAGAAAUAAGAAGAAGGUAAUGAAAGCUCUUGUUUAAAUACUAGGGUUUAAUGAUUAGAUAAAGAACACAGUAUUAGAAGAAGACCAAAUAAAUGUGAAAAAAGAUAUUGAUUUCGGUUUAGGUCUAAGUAUUGAAGCAUGGAAAUUAGUCUAUCAAAAAAACAUUAAAAAUAUAGCAAAUUUGUAAAAGAUUCCAAUAGAAACUAAUUAAGGCAUAGAUUACGUACCAAUAGAUGAAGCUUGGUAAAUAUACUAAAUUUUUUAGUAUUUUAACUAAAACUUAUUUCAGUAUAUUUAAAUUAAAUUGCAAUACUCUGAGAGACAGAGAAGAAACGAUCUUAAUAAUUAUUUAAAAGACAUUUCUUCAAUGCGAUUUUAAUAAGUAAAUAAACCUAAUUAAAGCUUUAAAUCAUAGCAGCAAAUUCAAAUUUUUGAUAAGAAUGUAUAAGACAUUUUUGAUAGAGGUUAAUUUGUUAAGUAAGAAUAAGUUGUUAAAAGGCUUGAAAAGUAUGAGAUUACAAAAGGAGAGUUUCCGUUUAUAAGCUAGCUUUCUAGGCUUAAGAGUAAGUAAAUUGAUAAAGCCUUUGAUGUUUUUAGGAAAAAAAUCUAAAAAUGACUUCUCCAAAAUAUAUAAAUUAUUUUGCUAAUUUAGAUUUUUUUUUAAAAAUAAAUAAAUAAAAUUAUUAUAUUAAGAUAUCUAAAACAUCGAUUUUUCAAUAAUAAUUUAGGACUAUAAC